AUAUGUUGCGCUGUAUUUGGAGACGUCCGGAAAAUCAUGGCGCUUGCGCGCUCGUGAACUUCACGUAGAUUUAUUUGUUCGUGGGUUUUGUUACCACGUGUGGAAAAAAAAUCGCGCUGUUGUGAACUGCGGAUGUGCGAGGACAUCGUUGUCAUCGGCGCUGUAGAAUGCUGCCGUCCAUAUCGAGGUUCAAAAGGCAUUAGCUGAGACGUCCAGCCAGUGCGCCCAUUUCGAUUGAGGUUCGCAUCUCGAUUUCCUUUCGCCCCCGCACUUCUGUGCGACCCGCUGCCCGAGCCAACGUCCAGCGAAGAUUUGUGUCGGAAGACUUUCGGCGACUAUGAUGAGAACAUGUGUUUUCGUUGCCCUUGUGCUAGUGUCAUACCUAUGCUGCCAAGUCGGCGAAGGAAAGACACCUUGGCAAGGUGUGGCUGUGUGACAGCGGCGGUGCUCUACUACUAUAAGGUGUCCCGGAUGUGAGCAUCUGCCAGUCCAGAUGGCAACCGGUGGUCGACGCAGGGUGGCCACUAAGCUCUACAGUGCGGCAGAGGACCUGGAUCAGAUCGCCAGGGAGGCGGAGGCCCGACUAGCACAGCGCAGGCAGGCCCGAGCCGAGGCCAGGGCAAUACGACUCCGGGAGCUCGAAAAGCAGGCCCGUGAAAAUGACGAGCAAUUGGACAGGCAUUGUGACAGUGGCCCAGAGCCUGUGCGACCAAUGCGCAUCUCGAGAGAGGGUCGCCCUUUCACAUCAAGCUCCUCCUACUCCGGGUCCCGAAGAAGCAGCGAGGACUCGACUGAUGGCCUCGAUGGCCGCGACAUCAGGCAUCAGCUACAAGAUGUUGAGGAGAGCUUCCGCAAGGCCAUGAUCAGCAAUGCACAGCUUGACAAUGAGCGCACCGCGCUGGCCUACCAUGUGGACACACUCAAGGAUGACAUGGAAGAGCUCACCGAAAAGUUCCUGCACGUGCAAAAGGAUCACAGGGAAAAAUCGCGGGCUCUGGACCAGUUACAGAGGGAUCUGCGGAAGCUACAGGAGGAGAACGCCAUGCUGCAAGAGGGCAUUCGGCAGCGAGAUGAGCUCAUUGAGGCAAACGGUCUAGUACUGGUGCAAAAUGGAGACGGUCCGGACUUGGUCACGCAGGAGGCAGCCGAACUAUUAGACCAGGCAGGACAUGGCUCCUUGGAUGUCCGGUUGAAGCGGUUUGCAGAAGAAAAGCAGCAACUCCAAGAUGAGAUCAAUCGACUGCAGUUGGACUUGGCUGAGGAACGCCAGAAAGUUUCUCGCCUAGAACAGAUCUCACUUGUGCAUGGCCCACAGACCAAUGGACCUGAAUUGAGGCUCAUUGAAGUGCAAAGGGAAGCCAACAAGCAGGUGGACGACUACAAGUACAGGCUGCGCAAAGCAGAGCAGGAGAAUAUUGCACUCCAGAGCACUGUGUCGCGUCUUGAGACGCAGGUCUUGCGCUUCAAGGCUACACUCGAGGAAUCCGAGAAGCUUGAAGAUGACCUGAAGGCUGAGAAACGCAAACUCCAGAGAGAGUGCCGAGAAGCUCAGGCCAGGAUCGAAGAGCUGGAGACGGCUAACAAGCACCUCCAAAAGCGUAUUGACAAGCUCAAGUCAGCACGGAACAGCCUCAAGUGACUCCAGAGCGCAGCGUCUCCAGUGCUGGCCAGAGCUUGCAUACAGGGGCUUCGAGGUUUAACUUAUUAUUACCACGCGGUCUCUGCCUUCCUCUUCCUCCUGCCCCGACCCCUGUGCUGUCCACAUAAUGCGUGAUGCAAGGCGUGCGAACAAGGCGCAUUCCACUUGCGGCGGCCUCUGCCAGCGCCUUCGGGCAUUAAUAACAAGCCAGCAGCCAUGCUGCGCGUGGGUUCAGUGUCAAGCCUGUGAAAUAUAGUUUGUUCCUGCAGUUUGUCUAGAAACCUGUACAUAUCUAGAGGCCAGGAGUCGCACAGAAACCGCCAUAUUUUGCUUUGCCCCCUGAGUGGUGUGCUCCCAUCCUCGUGGCAAUGAACAGUGUCUCAGCAUUCGCUACGUGCGCCACACUGCACACCGAAAACUUUAUGGUCGCAUGCGAACAUGCUCGAAGGCCAGUGACCACAGCGGUAGGCAAACGGCUGGCCUAUAUCCGUCCCGUAGAUGUGACCACGGGAUAGUACAGCUCUCGCAACUUUUUUCCAGCAGCUGGAUUUUAUACGAACACUGACGAUAAGCUAUUACUGGUAAUAUAAUUGCGUGAAUGUUUCUAAGACUUGCGGGAAUUUAAUGUGGUUGUGGUGGUUUGUGCGUAACAACACACAAUGUGGCUCGCAUUGUGUUUGUAUGGCUCGCAGAUCCAAUUUUUCGUGUUGCAACCAGUGUGUUGCAUGAGGGCCUCUUUGUCCACAGUGUGCUGGACCUUUCCCCGAUUUGGCGUGCCUACGUCUAGUGGUGCAGAAGCUCAAGCUUGAACGAAGUAUGCAAUUCUCGCCAUCUGAUGAUAAUAGGCCUGCAGAGAAGGUGAACUGCACACGUGCAUACAAUAAAAUGUCUACUUUUAAUUCUUUCACUCCCUUUUCUUCUUUAAUGAAAAGCCAAAGAGAAUGUUUCCGCUGGCAUCACUACAUGGCCAGUGUACACAUGUGCUGCUCGGUUUUUCUUAACGUUGCAGUUACGAGUGUCCCAUUGCACGGACUUGCCUUAAGUUCCCUUGCUGUUGUGCAGUUUCAUUUCAGUUAUUCUGCAGUGCACAAACUUGUCUAAUGUGCCUCUAGACGUCCUUGUUGAAGCAGGCAUGCUCCCUAGGGCAUAGCUCUAAGGUUUUGAGUUAGGCGAUCAUCUCUGUCCACUGGGCGAACGGCAUUUAGGGUGUGUGUUCUUGCCAGUUGAGCACGAGGUGAGACUGUGGAUCUAAGUGUGUGCAGUGCUGUGAUGUUCCCACGAGUGCCAAUUACUUUCCUCCCCCCCUCCCCUUUUUUUUGAUUGUCACCCACUUUGCUGAUGCUCAAAGUCCUAUCAGUUUCCCCAACUCUUAUUGAACUGCCUGCGAGCCUUUCUUGCCAUAAAAACCUGAAAGAGCUUUUUUUAUAAAGUCCAUGGUCAUGCAGUGUACUCUUUCUAUAUAAUAAUCUUUCAGAAUUUUUUAUGCAAACAAGUCUACCCCUUUUCUUUAGCUUCUCGAGACUCAAUUCAAGGGCACAUUGGCUUGGUGGGUCUCUAAGUCUGCAUUCUUUGUAUGCAGUGUUCAAGUCAUUUGACGAACCCACAUAACUUUGGUUAGGUGGCACCAUGCAUCAUUUUUUGCCAUGAUAGCUCAAAAGUAUCUUUCUUAACACAAAUCAAGAAAGGGCACACUGUUGUGUUCAACAUGUUUCAGUCAUGAAAUUAAGGAGUUGUAAAGACUUCCCUUAUAGUGAACAAACAUCACAAUUGCCCAUUCAAUGGGACUAUGUGAACUUCUGCUUUUAGUCUUCUCUCAGUUAUUGUGCUUAUAUUUGUAUACCUCACUGCAAAAAAAGAAAAAAAAUGGGGAGGUCAAAUAGCGUUUCAUGCUGUUAAAUGUUCAGCAGUUCAUCAUGUGAAGUAGUUAUCUAUUGCAGCUCACUUGCAAAAGCAAACAAUGCCUUUUUGAUCAAAUCAUUUAAUUGAAGACAUUAUCGCUUAUUUGGUAGCAUUCUCAGUUCAAACUGUUCCUACCCAAAAAUGCAAAAUAAUCUUUGUUUUCAUUGUACCUGUCAAAUAGCCUGUGUAUGCCCUGCUGCAGUACAAGUCCUGCGAAAACUUGGCCUAAUGCUGUGGUUGUAGGUAAAUCGAUUUACCUUCAGUUCACAGUUAAGAUGUACUUUUUAGAGUAUCAAACAGUGCAAUUUAACUUCUUUUCUGCCCUGCCCCUUUCCAAGAAAAAAAAAAUGAGCAAGGCUUUAGCUAAAAGCAAUAUGAAGCAAUGGAUGGGUGUACGAAAUACAUUGUGCGCACGUAUUUUUUUGUCGUGCUAGCAGUGAAGCUUUUUCUUUUUUUUUUUUUAUCCUGAAAGCACGGAUUGUCAUGCUAGACUGCUGGAUACUCCGCAGGGUGAACUUUGACUGAAUGUAUAGGUUAACAAUCAGAGGCCUUUGCGCCAAGGUGAUAGCUUCCGCCACUCUGAUACAGUUCAUCUUGCUGAUAUAAACUGAAAAACAGCUCAAACUGCGCAACGGAGAUGAAGCGUGUGAACACUUUGAGCAAAUAAAAUUUACAAAAAAUAAACCUA